CCUUGUUUCCCAAGAAAGCUUAUAAAGUAAAGUGCGACCAAAACGACCGAAACCCUACUUUCUCUCUCUCUCUCUCUCUCGCGCGCGCGCGCCAUGCUUUCUUCAGCAGAACGCAGCAGCUCAGGGUGGGAUCCUCAUCAUCACAAUCAUACUUAUUGUUAUUAUGAUGAUCAACCCCAUCGUGAUCAUGAUGAUGAUCAGCAGUACGACCACCACCUUCAACUUCCAGUUCAAGAGCUGAAGUUGGGAUUGUACCGGAAGAGACCCAGAAAAAUUCCGGCAAGGAAAGAUGAAGAAGGGGGAGAGAUGGCUAAGGUUGUGAGGGGGAAGAAACAUGCGACAGAAGGCCAGAUGGUGAUCUCAAGAGUCUGCGUCGACUGCAAAACCUCCAAGACCCCUUUAUGGAGAAGUGGCCCUGCUGGUCCUAAGUCGUUGUGUAAUGCUUGUGGAAUCAGACAGAGGAAGAGGAGGAGAAGAGAACUGAAUAUUCUUAAAAUGGCCGGAGGCGUCACCAUGGAAAAGAGGCAGAGCAAGGUGGAGGGAAAGAGAACAACGCUACACAUGUUACAGAGGAGGAAAUUUGAAGGAAAAGAAGAAGCAGAGGCAGCACUUUUGUUGAUGGCCUUGUCUUGUGGGGUGUGUGUUCAUUCAUGAAAAUUAAUGAUAUAUUUUUAUUAUAAAUAAAACAAAGUUUUGUUUAUUUAUGCAAGAAAGUGAUGAAUAAUUGAAUAUAGUGUUGUUCGGUUGGUCUCUGUCACCAAAAAAAAAAAAGGAGCAACACAGAAAAAGGUUCCUUCCUUUUAUAUUCUUUCGCUGUUUUUGCGUUGUUCUUUUAUUUGUGUUUGCCAAAUAAAGGAGGAUGGUUCCGUGGUUUGCGCCGCUGC